AGAAAGAGAGGGGGAUUGAUUCAAACCAUUUCGUUAUAGAACAGUAUAGGUUAAAGGAGGGAAACGGCACGCCAUUUCCAAAUGCCCGCCGGCCCUAUCUUUGAGGGCGCGGCCUCCGUGAAGCCAAUCCGCUCCUGGGUUCAGGGAUAGGCACCGCCCCUUUUCCACCUCCGGGACAUUUCUUGACGUGCUAUUGAUCUUUCCUACCCUGGGCUACCAAUCCUUUGCUUACAUCUGGGAGGGGCACGGACCUGCGCCCCGGAGGACGAAUGUUUUCCAUGAUCAAACGCUACUCAUUGGCUUUCCCUCCUCUGCUAAGGCGGAGUCUACCCUUCUUGAGCUCCCUUUUGGGUUUGUGCAAUCCUUCGGGGAACAACCCUAAAACCCCAAGGAGGUUGGGAGGCGUGUCCUCAAAACAGCAGUUCCCAUUGGUUUCACUGUCCGCUGAGGGGGUGGCACGGUGAAGUCGCUCUUGUUCCUUAUUGGUUUAUUGAUUCCAUGGGGUGGAACUUGGCUGGGCCUAAACUCAAUCCGCGGUCCCGGACCGGUUUCAGGGCAAAGCUGCCAUGCGAUCCGGGGGCCGCGGGCGGCCCCGGCUGCGGCCCGGGGAACGUGGCCUCACCGAGGCACCCUCACCACCCAAGCGCCGGCUGCUACCGCGGGUCCCCCUCUUGCCCUUGUUGUUGCUGGCGCUGGCUGUGGGCUCGGCGUUUUACACUGUCUGGAGCGGCUGGCACCGCAGAACUGAGGAGCUCCGACUGGGCAGGGAGCUGCGGGUCCCUUUAGUUGGAAGCCUCCCCGAAUCCCAGGUGCGAAGAGUGGUGGGACAACUGGACCCGCAGAGACUCUGGGGCACUUAUCUGCGCCCCCUCCUGAUUGUGCGAACCCCAGGCACACCCGGCAAUCUCCAAGUCAGAAAGUUCCUGGAGGCCACGUUGCGGGCCCUGACAGCAGGCUGGCAUGUGGAACUGGAUCCCUUCACAGCCUCGACACCCCUGGGCCCGUUGGACUUUGGCAAUGUGGUGGCCACUCUGGAUCCAGGUGCUGCCCGUCACCUUACACUUGCCUGCCAUUAUGACUCGAAGCUCUUCCCACCCGGAUCGGCCCCCUUUGUGGGUGCCACAGAUUCAGCUGUGCCCUGUGCCCUGCUACUGGAGCUGGCCCAGGCCCUCGACCUGGAGUUGAGCAGGGCCAAGGAGCAGGCAGCUCCAGUGACCCUGCAACUGCUCUUCUUGGAUGGCGAAGAGGCACUGAAGGAGUGGGGACCCAAGGACUCCCUUUAUGGCUCCCGGCACCUAGCCCAGCUCAUGGAAUCCAUGCCUCAUAGUCCUGGCCCCACCAGGAUCCAAGCUAUUGAGCUCUUCAUGCUCCUUGAUCUCCUGGGAGCUCCCAAUCCAACUUUCUACAGUCACUUCCCCCGGACGGUCCGCUGGUUCCAGCGGCUCAGGAGCAUCGAGAGGCGACUGCAUCGUUUGAACCUGCUGCAGUCUCAUCCCCAGGAGGUGAUGUACUUCCAAACCGGGGAGCCCCCUGGCUCUGUGGAAGAUGAUCACGUUCCCUUCCUCCGCAGAGGGGUCCCUGUGCUCCAUCUCAUCUCCACACCCUUCCCUACUGUCUGGCAUACACCUGCAGACACCGAGGCCAAUCUCCACCCGCCCACAGUACACAACCUGAGCCGCAUCCUCGCUGUGUUUCUGGCUGAGUAUCUGGGGCUCUAGGCUGCUGGUCUGAUGCCCAAGGGGACGUUCCUCUGAGGGAGAAGUGCCCAGCAGGGGAUAUGCCAAGGGCACCUGCAGCCACUGGAGCACUACCUGUGGUGUGGCUUGUCUUUGCACACCUUCAGCUUCUACCUAUGCUACGAUUGAAGACUCCUUUGACUCUCUCAAGAGACCACUGUGGAGUGAGAUUCAAAGGAAUAAAAACUUGGCACUUGCCUUAUGGUUGACACUUGGGCUGAAGGUUUACAGGAGCCAAAUGCUAUUCUUUUGGUCAGCAAAUCAUUGACUGGGUCUGGAGCAGCAACACCAUCCAACUGAGCGAAUUCUCUGUGGCUUGUUUUUUUGUGUCAGUUCAUUCUACAGAACAGCAGCCUUGCUACUGUACCAGUCCAAACCUAACUCCCACGUGGGGCCCACAGAAGACGGCUCACAGACAGAAAUGGAGGAGAAGGCAACAAUACUUAGGAAUCCCAGAUUCUGCCAGACCCAAUGGGCAAUAAACCAGUGUUUCUGCAAAACAUAUUCUGCAUAAGCUGGGCGUUGUGGCAGGCACCUGUAGCCCCAGCUGCUAGAGAGGCUAAAGCAGUAGGAUCACUUGAGCCCAGGAGUUCGAAUACAACCUGAGCAACAUAGCAAGAUUCCCUCUCAAAAAGCAACAAAAAAACCUCACCAUAUUCUGCAGAACUAGUGUAAAUAGGCAUUGCAUGAAAAAUGGGAUCAGAAAUCAAAGAAGCAGGGUGAGAGAACAUUCAGUUUCCUCACUGCACAAUGUAAAUACCCAAGGGAAGGUAGAGAAUACAGGGGUUCUCAAAGUUUUUCACUAUGGAACCCCUUUAUUAAGAAGCAUGUCACAACUAUGGGACCUCAAAAGAUACUUUGGGUUUGGGAAGUUUGAGUUUGUACCCCCAUAACAUUUUGAAUGAAAAAAAGAUAAAGUUUGAGAACAUUUAAGAUAGGCAUGAGUAAUACAGAGUAGGUAGACCACACCAUCUUUCCCUAUGGGUACAGUGGUGCAAGGUGAUGGAUUGAACCAGUGAGGAAGUAUUUCCCAACCCUACCUAAUUUUCAGAUUCAUCUGGAGUGCUUACGAAAAUGCAGACUCCCAGGUCCCACCCCAGACUUCCUGAACAAGAAUGGUAGGGAGGAGCUGAGACUCUAACAAAUACCUGAGGACUCUCAAGGUCAACAAAGUUUGGGACAUGCUGUCAUUAAAGAUACACUUUGGAGCAUACAUAGCUGAUUAGCAAACUUCCUCAAAAGAACCCGAAGAUGGAGACAGCCUAGAAGCAGAGUCCUGAACCAGGCUCUGUCUGCUGGUUUUAUGACUUUGAGGGAGCUGCAGUAGGCAGCAGGGAUGUCAAGCCAAGAUGGAGAGUUACUAAAUAGUGAAGGUGAGUACUGGCCUUCAAGGCAGCUCAAGGUUGCAGAAGACUCAUGAACUUUAGGGCUGAAGCUCUGGAUAUCAAAUGAGAGGAUGAACAGAAAGUUUUCAAUUCAUAGUCACUGACAUUUACUGGACGCGUACUUUGUGUCAGGCACACUUUACAUUAUAUCAACUCAUUUAGGCCAGGCACAGUGGCUCACUCCUAUAAUCCUAACAUUCUGAGAAGCUGAGGCAAGUGGAUUGCUUGAGCACAGGAGUUUGAGACUAGCCUGAGCAAGUAUAAGACCCCAGCUCUACUAAAAAUAGAAAAAUUAGGCCAGAACCAGUGGUUCAUACCUAUAAUCCUAGCACUCUGGGAGGCUGGGGUGGAUGGAUUGCCUGAGCUCACAGGUUUGAGACCAGCCUGAGCAAGAUCAGGACCCCAUCUCUAAAAAUAUCUGGGUAUUGUUGUGGGGGCCUGUAGUCCUGUAACUACUUGGAGACUAAGACAAGAGAAUCUUUUGAGCCCAAGUGUUUGAGGUUGCUGUGAGCUAUGAAGCCACGACACUCUACCCAGGAUGACAAAGUGAGAUUUUUGUCUCCAAAAAGAAUAGUAACAACAAAAAUAGAAAGAUUAGCCGGAUAUCAUGAGUGACUAUAUUUUGAGCUACUCAGGAGGCUGAGGCGAGAAAGGUGGCUUGAGCCCAGGGGUUUGUAGUUGCUAUGAGGUAUGACUCAAGGCGACAGAGUGAAACUCUUGUCUUAAAAGAAAAAAAAAAUAAUUUAGUCUCUCUCCAAAUCAGUUUCAGUUCUCAUUUUGCAAGUGAGGAGGUUGAGACUGAAAAUUUCAAGCUAGCUGUUUACAAAGGCCACAUUCUCAUCCACAGCUGUGCUCCCAACCCCACUUCCUAUCUCCCUUCCCAAAAAUACCUAUACUGGUGAAUAGUUUAUUGACAAAAAGUAGCCUGAAGCUUUUCAAUGGCAUAUGCAUAUUUGGGGCUUGAAUCAGGGAGGAGUAUUACACCCAUUUUAUAGGUGAGACUGCAAAUACUUGGCAAAGUGAUAUUUUCCCUAGGUCCCAGUCAGGGCACCCUGUAGUUCUCAUUCAUACUCCAAACUUGGGCUCCCCUUGCUUUGCCCUAUGAAGAGCCUUCAGUGUAUUUGGUAAAUUCAAUUAUUGAGCAUGUCUUACCUAUCAAUCUUUUGAGGAACUGUUAGUAUUCUUUUUCCAGAUUAAGAGAGCUUCAAAGAAAAAUAGAGA